AUGUAUGACGUAUCACAUCCACUUGAUGAAAUUGUUCAUUUAAUGAAAAGUUAUCCAGUGCAUGAAAUGGAAACCGUUUUUUUUUCACUUAGUGAAAUAAAUGCAAAUUUCAUGAAGUGAAAUUUCAUGGGUAUUAAAAUUUCAUAUCGUAUAAUUUUUUUCGUCAAUUGGUCAUCCACUUGGUGAAACAAAAUAUAAUAAACAUUUAAUUUAUAUUAUUCUUUCAGUGGUUUAAUUUAUUUUAUCUUAAUUUUGAUUUAUUUAUUGAAACAAUAAGUUGAAUCAUGACAACGGCUAUUAUAUUUUAGUUAAGCUUUUAAAUAUGCGCAACGGUUAUAGAAUUACAUUUUUUUUUUACAUGAACAGCUCAAAUACCAUUGUCCCUCCGAUAAAGCAGUAACUGUUUCACAAAGUGUUAUUCCUUUGUUAUUUUUUACUUAAUUAACAUUAAUAAAAUUUGGCCAGUUGUAAUUUCCAGAUCCAAACCAUCUUUUUAAUAAUCCAUGCUGGGUUCCUAUACGAUUCAUAUUAUUUCUUUGAUUUAAAAUAACACUAAUUAAAGUUCUUUUUGGAAAUGAACCAAAAAUUGGUUUGGCUUUUUCAAAUUUGCCAUUAGAUUUAAUUUAAAAACUCUCUACUGAUAAAGAGCUUGAAAAAAUAUACCAACAAAAUACUAUAACAGAUUAAUUAAGUUCAACCUGCUCAAUUCGUAGUAAAGAAAUAGUUGUUGAAAUCGAUUCUGCAGAAGACAUAAUUUGCGGUUUGUGUAAGAAAGGUGAACAAAUUAAAAAAGAACGUCAAGAAUCCCACGAAGGUCUAAAGAAAGCAGUUAUAAAAAUGUUACAGGUUAGAUUUAAAAAUUUAAAUACGUUAAUUAUUAUAAAUAUAUAAUCAAAAAUGUCUUCAUUAAAUUAUUUAUACAGAAUAGCAAAGCUGAAAUUCCGGAACACAAAAUUAAUGACUGUGUGAUUAUUCCAGUACCAAAAGUAAACAAUAGACCUUCAGAUCCUGUAAACAUAUUUGGUACUAUUGUAGAUCAAAGAAAUAAUAUGAAUCGUAUAGGAACCCAGCAUGAAUUAUUAAAAGGACGGUUUGGAUCUGGAAAUUUGCAACUGGCCAUAUCAAAUUUUAUUAAUGUAAAAAAUAACAAGGAAAUAACACUUUGUGAAACAGUUGCUGCUUUAUUAAGGGUACUAGGGCAUUUGAGCUGUUCGUGUACAAAAAAAAAAAAAAUGUAAUUCUAUAAACAUUGCACUUAUUUAAAACCUAAACUAAAAUAUAAUAGUUAUUGUCACGAUUCAACUUAUUGUUUAAAUAAACAAAUCAAAAUUAAAAUAAAAUAAAUUAAACCAACGAGAGUAUAAUAUGAAUUAAAUGUAUAUUAUAUUUUGUUUUACCAAGUGGAUGACUAUUUGAUAAAAAAAAUUACACGAUAUGAAAUUUUAGUAUCCAUUUCGUGAAAAGAUAUCCACUUCAUGAAAUUCGUAUUUAUUUCACUAAGUGGAAAUAAACGGUUUCUAUUUCAUGAAUUGGAUAACUUUUCAUGAAAUGGACAAUGUCAUCAAGUGGAUGCGACAUAUAUAUAUAUAUAUAAACGCGGUCGUGUCGUAUAAUAUUUGAUUAUAUUAUCGUUUGUUUAUUUUACGUCCGUCGCUAUCGUACGGGUUUUUUUUUUUUUUUUUAAUUUAAUGUUUUUCUUCUCGUAUUUUAAUAAUGCAAUCGUAUUAUCGCCGUCAUCACCGCCGCCGCCGCUGCCACCGCUGUACAGUCAAAAAUUCGCGGCGGUAAAAGUGCAUGGGGUCCUAGAUAUUUAUAUGCGCAGCGUGUGGGCAGUGGCGCAUUAUAAUAAUAUAUAAGGGAGUGGCGAAACGUUUCAAUCGCGAAUAAAUUUUAAAGUCCUCGAACGGUCGGGCGAAGGAAGAUAAAAUAAAACGUUUCCGGUGUUCGGUAAUUUCGAUCGAAUCGAUCGUGCGGGAUCGAAAAAACAAUCGAUGAUAAUCGGACGCGUUUAUUUUCUACUUAUUCCUAAAUACGCACGAAAACGUGAACGUUUAAAUAACGUCCUUUAUUAUCGGUAUACUCGCUGCAAAGGCAAUCUGAAAUAUUAAAUAGUAUAGCCACGCAAUCCUGAAUGGCGGUUAUUAUAUGUAUAGCGUUAUUAUCGGUGGAUUGGACAGCUUAUCACUUUCACGUUUCGAAAAGUUUUUUAAUCCGUCUGUUUUUUUCCCGUCGUGUUUGUCGCAUGUGUUUGUUCGUUACCCGUUGUAAUUCGCAGUGGUACGGUGCCUAUCAAUCGGAAUGAUUUUUUUUUUUACAAUCGCUGUAUCGCAGAAAUUCGAUUAUAAUGCAUAUAUGUCCGCAAAUAUAAACCGUGUUUUUUUAUUUUGCAUCACAAUUGACUGUACUCUAAUCGUAUUUCACGGAAUAAAACCACGGGGAGUUAUAAUAUAGAAAAAAAUAUUUCGUUUGAUUAAAACCGUCGAAAUUACCAUAUGUGUACUGAUUAGAGUAUUAUAAUAAUCGCUGCUUAACAAUGAGUCCAGUUGGGCCGCAGAUUACAUUACGAAAAAUUAACGAAAAAAGAAAAAAAAAUGUCAUUUCGAUUGACGGUAUAGCACAAUAGGUUGGUGUCACACGCUCCACACGACCGCAGUGGCGUAAAUUAACACAAUUUUAAAACCAAACAUUUGUAUUAGUUGUCUUUCCUACAUAUUCAAACAUUUAUAUAAUUUUAUCUGGCCUGCCCCGUAGAAAAACAUUUCCAGUUACGCUUUAGAUACGCUUCCCCCUCCCCCUCCCCGGCUAUUUUCGACCCUGAUAAACGCGGGCGGAAAAGUCUCGUACGCGAAAAACCAUGACGUUUCACGCGAAACGCACGUGCGUAUGGUUUUCUACAUUAUGCUAUAGUAACUCGGUGACAGAAUUUGUUCACAUCUUCGGUCCGACUAUUUUUAAUCGGUAAUUGUAAUUCGGUUUCGAACCGGAGUGUACGUACAGUACAAAUAGCGCGUACAACGUGCGACAACAAUUUUUUUUUUUUUUUUGUGUGUAUGCACAGGUUUAACUGGUAUAUAUAUAUUAUAUCAACACUUGGUUGUAGCUGGUUUACGUAAGUUAAGACAAAACGCGUCGCUCGUGUUACCUCUAGUGCAGUGCGACAAUAAUAUAUAAUAUUUGACUUUCGAACAAUCGCCGGUUCAAACACUUUUGUUUGCGCGCGCCACUCUGAAAUCCGACUAACCGUCGAAAACCCGAGACGAUAACGAAAAUAUUUUUUUUUAUUAUUGUGAGGUAUACGACGGUUUUUUCGAGACCGACAACUGUAGUUUUAUGGAAAUUAAUACGAUAUUGUAUUACGUUACCGUAAUCGGAAAUUUCGAUAAAAAAAAAAAAAAAAAAAAACGUAUAUUAUGCCCGAUAUACCUAAUCGAAUUUAGUUUCGGUGUCAAAUUUUGUUAUUAUUUUAUGCAAGAAUUGUCGCGUGUGCGUGCCAUUUUUAAUGCACAUUAUUAUCGCAUUGCACAUUGCAUAUUAUUGUAAACGCAGCGGUUAAAGUGGGAAAAACUUCCAGAAGAGACUAUAUUAACCGAAAAUCGAGAGGCGUUCCCGAGAACUAUACAAACUUCUCCAGUUCUCCCAACCGGACUUUCAUAA